AUGCAGCCAGGACAACAGUUCUUGGACCAAAGUGCGAAGAAAUCCGACGAAACAUACCGAGCAGUUCUUGGCGCACUCAACUUCUUGGCGGGCGGCACAAGACCCGACAUUUCCUUUGCAGUUCAUCUUCUUCAAACCUUCCAAGAAGUCUACACUCAAGAACAUUGGUCGGCAGCGAUGCGAAUUCUCUCCUACUUGAACAGAACUUCAGAUCUUUGUCUCCUUUACCGUCGUUCUUCAACUCCAACUGACAUCGUCACCUUUUGUGAUGCCUCAUGUUCAGAUUCAAAAUCCUUUUCUGGGUAUGUGGUGUACUUUGGAGGUAACUUAGUAUCAUGGAGAUCUAAGAAACAACGGAUGGUCGCGAAUUCCACCGGUUUCGCAGAACUGGUCGCUCUCGAAGAUGCAGUCACACAGACGGUCUGGCUGAGCAAUUUCCGACAAGAAAUCUUCAAGGAGUCUAAAGAUCAUCAACAAACUCUGGUUCUAACGGACAGUACAGCAGCACUUCAAGCCUCGCAUCAAUCCGCUCACCACUCAAGGAUGAAGACAAUUUUGAAUAAAGCCGCAUCCAUUCGCCAACAAGAGGAACUUGGCUUGGUCUCCUUCAACUUUCAUAUAUUUCAUCUUUUGACAACGUCGCCGAUCUCUUCACCAAAGCCUUGCCUGCGCCAGCUUUCCAAAGCGACAAUUGCAGCCAUGUGA